UAUAGGGCUUCUUACAUUUUAAACUGAUGUCAAGUGAACAUAAAACAUUAAAAACCCUUUUAACUUUUUCUUCUAGGUUGACAGCAUUUCCGAAGGCACCAUCUUUUCUCUCUGGAUCCAUUCAUCCAAAGAAAUAUGUUUGUGCUAUUUGACAAGCUUUUUGUUUUUACCUCAUCACAGGGAAGUUCAGCCCCGAGAUGGAAAUGAGUACAGAUGAGAGGGUGAAUUAAGGUGUGAUCAUUUGUGGUGUCCCGUCAAUCCCUAAAGGAAUAGAUUACCUGGAACUACUUCUAAUCAGGAAGAUUUCAUAUCUUGGCACAGAUUGACUAUUCAAUUUGUAUUUUCUGAAAUGAAAAGCAAAAGAUAAGAACACAUUUAAAAGAAAUGAAGAUGUCACAUAAAUAAUCAGUAUCAACUCUGUUCCUUUGAUGAUAAAUGGUGAUGUGAAGUGGGUUACAGAUCUGGGUGUGGUCCUAAAGACAAGAUUCUUGAUGGGACUGACAUUGACAGCAGUAGGACCUUUUGUGCAUUCAACUCGGAGCAACAGAAUUCGUCAUCAACAGCAUGAGCGGCUCAGCCAGGGAAAGAAAGCAGCUUUCAUCUAAAUCCAAACCAUAGCCAUUUUUUUUUUUACUGCUAUUUUGAAAACUUUUCCAGAACCAUUUAAAAAGCAUUGACAACUAUUUUUAUAGAUUAAAGAAAGGCAGAUGUCUGCAAAUAAUUCCCCUCCAUCAGCCCAGAAAUCUGUGUUCCCUGCAACUGUUUCUGCUGUGCUUCCAACCCCUUCUCCGUGUUCAAGUCCCAAGACAGGACUCUCAGCUCGGCUCUCUAAUGGCAGCUUCAGUGCCCCGUCACUCACAAACUCUAGAGGCUCGGUGCACACCGUUUCAUUUCUACUUCAGAUUGGCCUCACACGAGAGAGUGUUACCAUCGAAGCCCAGGAACUGUCUCUCUCCGCUGUCAAAGACCUUGUGUGCUCCAUUGUUUAUCAGAAGUUUCCAGAGUGUGGAUUCUUUGGCAUGUAUGAUAAAAUUCUUCUCUUUCGACACAACAUGAACUCAGAAAACAUUUUGCAGCUGAUUACCUCAGCAGAUGAAAUACAUGAAGGGGAUCUUGUAGAAGUUGUCCUGUCAGCUUUGGCCACAGUAGAAGACUUCCAGAUCCGCCCUCAUGCUCUCUAUGUCCAUUCUUACAAAGCACCUACUUUCUGUGAUUACUGUGGUGAAAUGCUCUGGGGAUUGGUACGUCAAGGAUUAAAAUGUGAAGGCUGUGGAUUAAAUUAUCAUAAACGAUGUGCCUUCAAGAUUCCGAAUAACUGCAGUGGAGUAAGAAAGAGACGUCUGUCAAAUGUGUCUCUGCCAGGACCUGGCCUCUCAGUUCCAAGACCCCUGCAGCCUGAAUGUGUGCCCCUGCUCAGUGAAGAGUCACAUACUCACCAAGAGCCAAGUAAGAGAAUCCCGUCCUGGAGUGGUCGUCCGAUCUGGAUGGAAAAGAUGGUAAUGUGCAGGGUCAAAGUUCCACACACGUUUGCUGUCCACUCUUAUGGCCGACCCACAAUAUGUCAGUACUGCAAACGGCUGCUCAAAGGCCUCUUUCGCCAAGGACUGCAGUGUAAAGAUUGCAAAUUCAACUGCCACAAACGCUGUGCAUCCAAAGUACCACGAGACUGCCUCGGCGAGGUUACUUUCAAUGGAGAGCCUUCCAGCGUGGGAACUGAUACAGACAUGCCGAUGGAUAUUGACAGUAAUGAUGUGCACAGUGACAGCAGCAGGGGCUUGGACGACUCAGAGGAGCCCUCCCCUCCCGAAGACAAAAUGUUCUUCCUCGACGCAGCCGAUCUGGAUGUGGAGCGAGAUGAGGAGCCGGUUAAGACAAUCAGUCCAUCCACAAGCAAUAAUAUCCCACUGAUGAGGGUGGUCCAGUCCAUCAAGCACACAAAGAGGAAGAGCAGCACAGUGGUGAAGGAAGGGUGGAUGGUCCACUACACCAGCAGGGACAACCUGAGAAAGAGACAUUAUUGGAGACUUGACAGCAAAUGUCUAACAUUGUUUCAGAAUGAAUCUGGAUCAAAAUAUUAUAAGGAAAUUCCACUUUCAGAAAUUCUCCGCAUAUCUUCGCCACAAGAUUUCACCAGCAUUUCACAAGGCAGUAACCCACACUGUUUUGAAAUCAUCACUGAUACUGUGGUAUACUUUGUUGGUGAGAACAAUGGGAACAGCACUCAUAACCCUGUUCUCGCUGCCACUGGAGUGGGACUCGAUGUAGCGCAAAGCUGGGAAAAAGCGAUCCGCCAGGCCCUCAUGCCCGUUACUCCUCAAGCAAGUGUUUGCACUUCUCCAGGCCAGGGGAAGGACCACAAAGAUCUGGCAACCAGUAUCUCCGUGUCUAACUGUCAGAUUCAGGAGAAUGUAGACAUCAGCAGUGUUUACCAGAUCUUUGCCGAUGAGGUGCUUGGUUCUGGCCAGUUUGGCAUUGUUUAUGGAGGAAAGCACAGAAAGACAGGAAGGGAUGUGGCUAUUAAAGUAAUCGAUAAGAUGCGAUUCCCCACAAAGCAAGAGAGUCAGCUCCGGAAUGAAGUGGCUAUUUUACAGAAUCUGCACCAUCCUGGGAUUGUAAAUCUGGAAUGUAUGUUUGAAACCCCAGAACGAGUCUUCGUAGUGAUGGAAAAGCUUCAUGGAGAUAUGUUGGAAAUGAUUCUGUCCAGUGAAAAAAGUCGACUUCCAGAACGGAUUACUAAAUUCAUGGUCACACAGAUACUUGUUGCCCUGAGGAAUCUACAUUUUAAGAAUAUCGUGCACUGUGAUUUAAAGCCCGAAAAUGUGCUGCUUGCGUCUGCAGAACCUUUUCCUCAGGUGAAGCUAUGUGACUUUGGGUUUGCCCGCAUCAUUGGUGAGAAGUCGUUCCGGAGGUCAGUGGUGGGAACUCCAGCCUACUUAGCCCCCGAGGUUCUCAGGAGCAAAGGCUACAACCGUUCCCUAGACAUGUGGUCGGUGGGAGUCAUCGUCUAUGUGAGCCUCAGUGGCACCUUCCCGUUCAAUGAAGAUGAAGAUAUAAACGACCAAAUCCAAAAUGCUGCAUUUAUGUACCCACCAAAUCCAUGGCGAGAAAUCUCCAGCGAAGCAAUUGAUUUGAUAAACAACUUGCUUCAAGUGAAGAUGAGAAAACGUUACAGCGUUGACAAGUCCCUCAGUCAUCCCUGGCUACAGGACUAUCAGACUUGGCUUGACCUCAGAGAAUUCGAAACUCGCAUUGGAGAACGUUACAUCACACAUGAAAGUGAUGAUGCUCGCUGGGAAAUACAUGCAUACACGCACAAUCUCGAAUACCCAAAGCAUUUCAUUAUGGCCCCCAACCCGGAUGACAUGGAGGAAGGUCCUUAGUUGUGAGUGAGCUGUUCCUAUAAGGAAGGGUUUCAUUUCAAGAACGGAUACUUUGCUGCAUGACUGUUGCUCUCUGCAGACUGUCAUUGCAAGGUGGCAGCAUCAUGAGGACAUAGAAGGACAUGCUGGCAUCAAUUCUGUAGCUCAUAACGAGUAGGUACAUGAAGGGAAACUGAGUAAGAAAUUCAAAAUGGAACUUGUUAUAAAUUUUUAUAGCAUAAGCAAUAACUGGUUCUGUAAUUUCCUAAUCCUUCACAUUAGCACAAUGUGAACUAGCACAUAAUUUAUCUCUCCUUUGCUGUUAUUAGAUCAUUUGUUUUAAAGGCCUAUGACUGUCUAGCUAUUGUUUAUAAGGUUGAUUACUCAACAGGUUUGCAGUUAAGCAGUAACCACGAGGCUAACAACAUAUGGUUUGCUGUAAGGACUUUUAGUAUUUGUCCACUGUUGGAGGCAUUGAUUCUUCCUGGACCCCUACAAACAGAACACUGCACUGCUCCCCUUGUGGUGGAUGCCUCUUUACUUUAUGUCUGUGUGACAUAAGUCGUGACUCUUUCUAUGUCGUAGUAGUCACUAGAACUGAACAGUUGGUGUUACAAAUGAGUAGAACUAGCUGGUGAGCACUCGGCUGUGCCACUGAGCACGUAUAUUCUCAAUUGACACCAUCUUGAUACGGUGCGCCAACAGUGUGUGGGCACAACUCUGCAUUUAACUAAUUUAUCCUUACCUGGAGCUGAAUAAAUUAUAGACAAAAUUACAUACUAAAGAGGAAAGCUAGUACGGGGUCAGUAAAUGUCACUACACAACAAGCAGUAUCAUUUCCUUCUUCCCUUAGCCUUUGGGUGGGAUUUGCAAAUAUCUAGUUUUUUAAACUAGCAUUGUAUUUU